AUGGACUCAAGCAGAUGUCCUGUUCACGGUAAGAUAGUUGAUAUGGAUGAUGGUUUCCUUUUGGAAGAGUCAGAUGUUGCCGAAAUGUCUGCAGUCCAGGCUGAUAAUGAACACUAUGAAGAUGAAAAAUAUUGGAGGGAUCUGGACGCCGGUGUUGGAAAGUCUUUUGUCAGUAGGCGCAGAAAGAAGAAAAAGCGGGAAACUACUGUGCGUGAGCGGUUAGAGAAGAAACUUCUCAACCCUCGUACAAUCAAACGUGUCUCCGCUAUUCUUGACGCCGCAUGUAAAGCUAAUCUUGAAAGAAACUACGGAGAUCAAUUCGCCCAUCGGCCUUCAUUAUGA